AUGGCCGUCCAAGGCAACAUGAAUAAUCUUACAACGCUGAUCAAGAGGCUCGAAGCUGCAACCUCACGGCUUGAGGAUAUUGCAACUACCAUAGAUGGUCCUAUUGCUCCUACGAACGGUGUCGUCGCUGCCACCUCUUCAACUCCCUCCAUAUAUGCCACUGCUCCUGAAGCAACUCCACCACCUCCCGAACCUCUACCAAGAACCGUCGAAGCCUUUGACCAGAUUAUUCAGGAGGAUGUCUCCGGUUUUGUGACAGCCAGCGGAAAGAUUGGUGGUCUCGUGGAACAACAGGCAAAAGCAGUCAAGGAAGCAUUCGAGGCUGAACGGACAUACCUGCUUGUAGCUUCCAAGGCCAAAAAGCCCGACCCUCAACCUCCUGAGUUGAUGACAGAACUGCACCGACAUACCUCAAAUGUCGAUGAAAUUCGAGAAGCCAAUCGUCCUUCUCCACUGUUCACUCAUCUGAGUGCGGUAUCUGAGGGGAUCGUUGCUCUGGGAUGGAUUGUGGAAAAGAGGCCGGGUGACUUCGUGACGGACACUCUCGGUGGUGCACAGUAUUAUGGAAACAAGAUAUUGAAGGAGUACAAGGACAAGGACAAGUCGCAUGUCGAGUACAUACAGGCAUACUACAAGAUCUUCAGGUCGCUUGCGGCCUACGUCAAGGAACAUUUCCCCAGCGGUCUAACAUGGAACAAUAAAGAUGGCGUCGACGCUGUUGAGGCUCUGAAGCAGAUCCAAGCCGGCGCAGCAGCGGUUCCAAAACCAGCAGGUACCGCUGGAGGACCCCCACCUCCGCCGCCUCCGCCGCCUUUGCCAAAUUUCGACGAUGAUGGGCCCUUGGCUCCUGCACCUGCGGCUUCACAAGGCGGAGAUAUUUCUGCAGUGUUCCAGCAACUAAAUCAAGGUUCCGCCAUUACGGCUGGCCUCAAGAAAGUGGACAAGUCUGAGAUGACGCACAAGAAUCCCUCGCUCAGGGGAGCUCCCCCUGCGCCUCAACGAUCAGAGUCACAGUCAUCACGUGGUAAAUCACCGAUACCGAAGAAGCCUGACAGCCUGAGGUCUAAGAAACCUGGCCGAAAGGAGCUCGACGGGACAAAAUGGAUCGUUGAGAACUUUGACAACACUCAAGGUGAAAUCAUCGAGAUUUCGGCGGAGCUGAACCAAAGUAUUUUGAUCUCGAAAUGCAACAAAUGUGUUCUGAAGGUCAAUGGCAAAGCCAACGCUAUAGCCAUCGACAAUUGUGCUGGUCUGUCAAUACUAGUUGAGUCAUUGGUUUCGAGUUUGGAUGUCAUCAAAGCGACGAAAUUCCAGGUUCAGAUUGAUGGAGUGGUGCCCACUCUGCUCCUUGAUCAAGUGGAUGGUGCUCAGAUUUAUUUGUCGAAUCAAACUUUGGCUACGGAGCUGUUCACCAGCAAAUGUAGUGCGCUCAAUGUUGUACUGCCUCCGAAGGACGAUUCAGAGGACGACAGCAAGGAGUUGCCGUUGCCUGAACAGCUCAGGACGGUGGUCAAGAAUGGAAGGCUUGUCAGUGAAAUUGUGGAACAUGCUGGGUAG